GCUCCUUUGAAUAGAAUCACGAUUCUUAUAUUCUUCCUCUAGUAAUUCACCACGCCAUCAUCACCGCAGGAUGGGUAGCAGUCAGAACGUUGCGCUUAUUUUUGGUGCCAGUGGCAUCUCAGGUUGGGCGGUGGCCAAAAACUGCCUUUCCUAUCCUUUAACUCAAACAUUCGACCGUGUUAUUGCACUCACAAACCGUCCUCGCUUGCUGAAAGAGUGUGGGCUUCCUGAGGACAACAGACUUGAGCUGUAUUCUGGGAUCAACCUGCGUGGUAGCCUGGAUGAUGUGUUGGAGAGUAUGAGGGAGAAAAUUCCCUUUCUCAAUGAGGUCACUCACAUGUACUAUUGUGCGUACUCUAACGCGACUUCGUACACUGAAAAUGUCAUGGACAUCAAGAAUAUCAAUACAGAAAUGACAUAUAAUGCCGUGCAUUCCACAGACAAGCUAUGUGAGAGUCUUAAGUUCAUUGUACUCCAAACCGGCACGAAUAAUUACGGCGUUGCUGUGCUACAGCACAUAGACAAGAUUGAGAUCAACCCACCUCUCAUUGAAAAGGCCCCGCGCGUUCCUGCCCCCUACAGCAAUGAGAUAUUCUAUUACGCCCAAGUGGAUCUGAUUCAGGAAGCAGCAAAGGGGAAGCAGUGGGGUUGGUGUGAGGUUCGACCAGACAACAUUGUUGGUUUUGUGCCAACUGAGACCGGGAUGAACUUACUAGAGCCGGUGGCCUUAUACCUUGCACUGUUUCGAUUUGUCAAUGGACCGGGAGCUAUUGUCCCUUUCCCAGGGAGCCGCAAAAACUUCAACUGUCUAUACACAGAUUCAUCACAGGACAUCAUCAGCAAAUCUGAAAUAUACCUGUCCAUUGUCAAGCCAAGCGAGGCCAAUGGGGAAGCAUUCAACACUGCAGAUACAGAUAUUCCAGGUUCAUGGUCCAUGAAGUGGCCUAUGCUGGCCAAAUAUUUCGGGCUCCAUGGGACGGAGCCCACUAUUGAUGGCUGGGGCGGUAUUGAUAAAUGGUGGGACGAGCACCAGGCCGAUUACUGGAAGAUGUGUGAGAUGUAUGGGCUCCAGCAGCGAACUAUUUCGGAUUCGAGCUGGAUAUUUGUGAAAGCUGGCUUGACUAUGCUGAAUUGUAAUCGACAGCUAAGCUUGGACAAGAUAAGGGACUUUGGAUUCAAAGAGGAGCUUCCUGUUGGCCAGGGCCAUUACAUCGCCCUCGAUCGAAUGAUAAAUGAACGGCUCCUUCCACGAAAGCAGUCCUUGGUAUGCAAAUGAUCGGGCAUUGCUAUCUUAUAUAUUGAAAUUAUUGAAUUUCUUCAGUCAUAGUUUUAAACUUUAGUGAUGUUGUCUAUGAAAUAUCUAUUGCACACCUUGGA